AAAAUUAUUUCAAGAUGGCUUCUGGCGGAGGCGAAUGGUGUUUGAUUGAGAGCGAUCCUGGUGUAUUCACUGAAUUAAUUCGAGGUUUUGGUACGUACUGAGAUUAUAGUUGACCAUGUAGCAUUCUCUUGUAAUACGAAUAAUCUCGUUUUCUAUUGGGAACAGAGUCGAGAUCAUCCUGUUAUCGUUCGAUUUUGACCUUCCAGCGGGGAAAAAAUUAUCACCAUGAUGGUAUAAGAUUACGUUGCAGCCAGUCUUUGAUAUUUAAGACGUUUCUCAACCUAACAGGCACUAUCAAUUGCUAUGAACUUGGUGAUGAUUAACCCGAUCGCAGUGAGAUGGAAUCGCUUUUAUUGCACGUUUCUGUUCCCUCUCAGAGCUCUUGUAUUUUUCUUUGUAUUUAAUGUAUUCCGCUGUCAAAUUAAACACGUGUCGUUGUUUCUUAUGCAACCAUUCACUUGCAAAAGAAAUCAGGGAAUAGAGAGAGAGGCCCUUAGUCCAGGCUUUGUGAUUUCUCAACAUUCAAACUUGAUAUAUUUAUAUGAAUUUUAUAUUUAUGCCAUUUUCAUGGAUAGUUUCCCAGAAUACAAGUCUUUUCUUUGAGUCGUCCACAUGAGGAAGUUAGCGUGGAAGUUAGUUUGUUGAUGAAAAAAGUGAGGAAAAUAUAGGAAAUGUAAUGUUCAUUAUAGAGCAACAGCUUUGCAGGAUUUUUGCUCUAUGACAGGAAAUGCCUCACAGCACUUACACCUAAUCAUCAUAUGGGGUGCAAAAAAAUUGUGCCCAAGUUUUAAUACUUUUUUUUUAGUUCCUCUUUUUAAAUAUAGUAUUUGAAAACAUGCCUAUCAUGACCAUGGAUAUCACAGCUACUGCUUGUCACAUAGCCUAACUCUCUCAAUUCCUCACUUCCUGUCUUUUCUUUAUUUUCUCACCAACUUACUGUACAUGUAACUCUAAAAUACAUUGAAACUUUCUUUGGGGUACCCCUCACUUGAGCCUCUUUUCCUGAAAAAAGAUCCCCACAGGAUUACAGAAGGGCAUGCACUGGACCCACUUUGGUCAAUAUCUAGAUUCUAUAGAAAUGGUACAUGUAUAUCCUUAGUGAAAAUGCCCAAUGGAACAACUUGUAGUCAAUCAUUCAUUCAUUUUCCCUCUUUAGAUAAAAGUGUCUCGAUUUCCCAUUACCAAACUGCUGUUACUGUAUAAUAAUGUUUGCUAUUUGAUAUUUUACUGAAGGAUGUUCUGGCAUUCAAGUGGAAGAGAUUUACAGUCUUGAUGAGGCAUCUCUCGAUGAGUUAAGGUAAUACUGAGACAACUGUUCUGCUCUCUUUUCAAUUUGAUAUAUGAUUUAUGAGCAAUCUUCACAAGCUUUUUUCACUUGUUGCGUUAGUCUCUUGUGCUUAGAGUCUCAGGGAGAAUACACCUAUACAUUUUGAGUUAUUUUAACUGGAAAUAAAUGUUUUUUUUUCCAUUAUCAGGGGUUUAAAAAAAAAAACUGGUCUACAGCUAUCUGUUAGACCUCUAACCACGGUUUGAGUAGCCUGCAGGCAGGCUCUUGUGUUUAGGUUUUGCCUUAUGGCUUUAGGCUUAGCAGCCUAUAACACAAUCUCCCCUCUACCUGCUACACAUUUCCUUAUAAAUUAAUUAUGAGAACUUGACUUUAGAUCAAGAUGACAACUUCUACUCGAUUAGUUUGUAUAUUCUCAUUACCUGUUUGCAGGAUAAUGUAAAGAUAUUAUGGGAGGAAGUUUUAUGUUGAUCACUUCUGGGAGUUAAAGGGUUAAAAACCCUGCAUUUAUUUCUGUUCUUUUUAAUUUCAGACCAGUUCAUGGUUUAAUAUUUCUUUUCAAAUGGAAGCCUGGUGAAGAGCCUGCAGGGCCUAUUGUGCAUGAAAGUCGAUCUCUUGGCAUAUUCUUUGCAAAGCAAGUAAGUUCACCUUUUUAAACCACAUUUCUUAAAUUUCCUCACUGUCAGUACUAGAUAGAGCUCAUGGUGCAUAUCUACCUUAAAUUAUGUUUUUAGGUUAUCACAAAUGCCUGUGCAACACAAGCAAUUUUAAGUGUGCUUCUCAACUGCAAUCAUCCAGACAUGGAUCUUGGACCAACCCUGUCAAGCUUUAAAGAAUUUUCGGCAACAUUUGAUUCAUCAGUAAGUUCAAUUUCUAGAGUUAUGCAUCACACUCUUGUAAACUGAAAUGACCAGGGUUCAACUCUCUGUAAAGUAAGAUUUACACCAAGAGUCCAGUAAGAUAAUUUUUUGGUCUUUUUAGGCUUUAAGUCAAUUACUGAAUGCCCACACAUUUAUGAAUGUCUUGUUCACUGAAAUAAAAAAUGUGCUCUUAUCAAUUUUUCUGUUAAAUUUUUACAGUUAUGUUUUUUUUAAGCUCUAAUAUUUCAUUCAUUCAUGUAGACUUCUCUUAAAUAAGUAAUCUCCAAACAUUCCUUUCCAACUUUUAGCUAGUCCUGAGAUCAUGCUGCCAUGUCAAAUUCCAAAGUAUGACCCUAAGCUCAACUCUCUCUAGAGUAAGAUUUUCACCCAGAGUACAAUACAAUUGUGAUUUGGCCUUCCUAGGCCUUAAGCCAAUUACUGCAUGCACACACAUCUAUAAAUGAAAUGAAUAAAAUAAUAAAUUGUUAAUGAUCAUUUUGAUCUUUUAUUGAUCACAGUUAAAGGGGCUCAGUCUCAGUAACUCUGAUGUUAUAAGACAAGUUCAUAAUGGUUUUGCCAGGUUUGUAUCAAUAUUUACAAAGUGUGCAACUUAUUCUUAAUACUUUGAAGCAUCUCAAAAUAAGUCACAAUAAGUAUAAGUUACAAAUGAAGGGGAUUUAUGGUCAUGAUAGAGAUGAGGUGGUAGUAAGAGGCUGGUGAAUGUGUUAGAAAUCCUAAACUACAAAUUGUUUGGUUUCAAGUUCUAAUACUGCAUUUAACUCAUGUACUGAAGGUAUUGAUUGACUUACUGCUUCACAGACAGAUUGACAGAUGUACUGAGUUACUAACUGAUUGACUGACACUAACAGACACACUGACUGACAAACUGACUUACUGUUGGAGGGCUAACGCUCAGAAUGUCAGCUUUAAAACUCCAAUUUACAUCAUCAACUCAAUUGAUCAAAUUGUCUUGAAUUACUUACUGAUUGAUUGACUAACUUACUCUAUAACUGACUUACAAAGUGACUGAUGCAUCAACUAAUUCCUGACUGACUAACGUACUGACUACUGUCUUAUCAACUGAAGGAUUGAUUGACUGACUGGCUCACUGACAGACUUACAUAGUGUACUGAUUGACUGAUGCACUCACUGGUUACUGACAGGUGACUUGGUACUUAAUGACUAUCUGAUUGAAUGAAUGAGUGACUAAUUGAUUGAUUGAUGCAAUAAUUCAAAAGGCUUCUCUGAUUACCACAGUAACAAUAUUCAAAGGAAAUGUCCAAGUAUCCCUAGCAAGUUUCACAAAAUGUCAUUCCUCAUCCAUUUUCUUGUUACUUCAGGCAACAGAUGUUUGAAUUUGAUGCCAAACUUCCUCCAAAAGACGACAAUGUAUAUCACUUUGUUGCAUAUGUUCCAAUUCUUGGUAAACUUUAUGAGCUGGAUGGCUUAAGAGAUGGGCCUAUUGACCUUGGUAAUGCUCUUAUUGAACUGUACUGUCAAAUUUAAUCCAAUUUAUAAUUGUAAUAGGAAUGAGUGAAGUCCAGUUUGGUCUGUGAUCAUACAGCUGUCCGAGUGAUUGUCAAAAUUGGACAACUGCAAAGCAAGAGUCUAAUUUCUUAAUCAUGACUAUGAUUACUGAGAGAAUUGGACAACGCAAAGUCAUCAUACCCAGUAAUCAAAACCACAACAAAAUUUGAUAAAGAAACCAGACAUCUGUUAUACGUUAAAAAAAAAAACCCAUCAACUUGGCAAAAUGCACGAGAACAGCACACGCACAUUAAGCUUACUGUCUAUUUACCCAAGCAUGACAUGUUAACUGUCCUUGUAACUGUUCUACUACACAGUCUAAUAGCAAGCCCAAUGCACACACUGUCCUAUUAGUGCUCUUAUUUGGCUGGUGAUAACCAAUUGCAUUCCAGAAUAAUUUUGUCAUGUACAUUAUGUACAGCUGUUUGCAAUACAUAUUGAAACACAAAUCAUGUUAUCUAUAGAUAUGAGCCUCUCAUUCAGUUCUAACAUUUUUUGUAUCCAUCUCACAGAACUGAACAUAAGUUGUUCUCAGUCAACUUGUCACACAGUACAACUUCCAAACAUUGAUUAGUGUUUCAACAUCUUCUGAAAGUUAGACAUUUCAAUCUGUACUAGGCAAACAAUUGAGUCAGAGGGAGGUUUAAGUCAGUUGAAUUUUUUCUAUUAAUUUUGUGGGUGCAAAUUUAAACACUAACUCAUUUAUUUGUAUCUUGUUAGGGCCAUGUACUCCUGAAAACUGGCUUGCCACAUGCAAACCAAUCAUUGAAACAAGAAUGCAGAAGUAUGUAGUCCUACAAAGCAUUUCUUUUCCCGGUUAUAGUUCGUUAUUUUCAGUAGGUUAUUUUUGUUUUUCUGCACAACCAGGUUCUUUAAAAACAACUUUUUACAAAAUAGGGUGGGAUUUUUCAGGGACAGUAACAAAUGAAGCUGUUUGAACAUGGAGAAGCUCUAACAUGGCUUUGUUUGCUUAACCCUUUAACUCCCGUGAGUGACCAAUAUCAUGCAGACAAGUGGUGAGAAUUAAAAAAAAUAUAUCAAUUUGGGGAUAAUUAGUUGAUCCAAUACUAAAUUCUCUGAACUAACAUAAAAAUUGUCUGGUUGACAGUAAGGAGAAUUACAAAUUUGAUCUGGGAAAUAAAGGGUUAACUAUCUCAUUGUGAAUACUGAGCAGAGGUAAUGCAUUUCAACCUGAUGGCGACUGUUUGAGGAAAACUAUGCACUAAAACCCAACUUUGUUUUAUGAUUUUUCUAAUCUCAGAUACUCAGCAGAGGAAAUUCACUUCAAUCUCAUGGCAAUUGUUUCAUCAAGGAAAGCUCUUCACCUUAAAGACAUUGACAGACUAAACCAGAGGAAGCAACAUAUUCUGGAUCAGGUCUGAGCCCAUUUUAUUUCUAAGAAUUGGUCAGAUGAGUAUGGAUUUUUUCCCCUCAGCUUUUGACUCUUUCAAUCCAUCAUCAAGUGAUAACAAGUUAAUUAUUUUUUCUAAUACUAAUUUUUCAGCUGGAAGAAUUAAAAAGCCGGACUUCAGCUGAGGUGAUUUUUCAAAACCAUAGCUUUCUGUUCUAUUCUGUUAAAACUGAUGUAAAGUUUUGUCAAGAUAAUGAGAUUUGUUGAAAUACAGCCUUCUACUUUUUUUAAUUUUUGCAGGGAGGGGAGGGAAUGGAGACGGACCAGAUGGCAACAUCGGUCAAUGAUUGUCAGGCUAUUUUAAAGAAUAUCGAUGGUGAACUUUCUCGGCUACAGACACUUAUUGCUGGAGAAGAUGACAAAAUGUUGCGAUAUAAGGUAGGAAUUGAAUCUUGUUGAAGGCAGAUUAAGUAAGAAUUUUCAAUUGCACAUUACAAUCAAAUGUUAAAAAUUCAAUUCUACAUAGAUACUAAAAACUGAAAAAAAAUAAAAAUAACAAAAUUGUUCACUAAGAUGUAAAAAUACAAAUUAGAAACAAAGAAUUAAAAAGCUUUUGCCAAUAAAAAAGUCUUAAUGGCGUUCUUAAACUUGCUUAAAGAUUGGGUGUUUCUGAUAGAGCCUGGAAGAUCGUUCCACAAUUUAGGGGCAGCCACAUAGAAAGAUCGAUCACUGAGUGUGGUGAGUGUUUUACCCCUGCAAGGAGCAAGGAGUAAGCUGUCAUUGGAACGUAAAUCAUAUCUUCCAGUGUCUCUAACAGAAAUCUGGUGUCUCUAACAGAAGUCAGCUCACUGUUUGCAUAUGUGAGGUCAUCACUCAAUGAUGCAUAUCAUAAACACAAUUUUAUGCAUAACUGACACAUUAAAAAUGGCUCCUUUUUCCUUUACAUUGGUAAGGUGAUGUUCCACAAUGAGUAAAUGUGCCACCCCCCCUCUUUAAGUUCCUUAUCUCUCCUGUUUGAACAGGAAAGAUUGAACUCUUCUGUUUAAACAGAAAUAUCCAAUUUUUUUAAAUCAAAAACUUUCUCUUGAAUUCUUGAAAAUUUUCAGGUUGAAAACAUAAGAAGAAAACACAAUUAUCUACCACUGAUUAUGGAACUUCUAAAAGUUCUGGCCAAACAAGGAAACCUGGUGCCAUUGGUGGAGAAAGUAUGUUAACCUUGUGAGGCAUUUUUAUGACCUAUUUUAUCUCACUCUGGCUGCAAAAGGAAAUGCAACGUCCUCACAAAGAGAUAUUAAUGCCCUGGAAAAAGAAAUCUUUUUACAGAAUUUGUGUGCACUGAGUCAGUUUGAGAUCCACAUUCACUUUACAUCUUGCAAGUUGUAGUUGCAUUCUUGGUCAAGACAAGUUUUUCAUAUUAGUUUUUAUCCCAUACCAAACUUGUAUGGCCAGCAUACAAAGGAGGCAAAGCAUAUGAACAGGAGGCAAAGUGUGAUUGUUAGGAUCUGGGAGGGAAUUAGUUAAUGAAUUAAUUCCACUUCAUGCUAAUUUAUUACAACAGUGUUUUGUGUUUCACAAACUGGACAAGUUUUGGUAGUCUUGUUGUUCAUUGCCAUGUGAAAGCUCCUCAGCAUCUUUAUAAUGACGUGGCUCAUUUUUCAAGAUUUGAGGGAUUGUGGUCAUCUUCCUAUGGUGAUUUUUAGGUAAUAAAAUGUUGGAAGUCUCUUCACUUGUUCAGAUAUACUUUGUUUUUCUUUCAGGCAAAAGAGGAAGUACAGGCCAAGAAGGCAGAGCAGGCUAAAUAAAGCAAUGAGAUGUUUCUUUUGUUUCUUAAGCAACAACUGUACAGCAGCAAUUUAUGGGUUAUUAAAAAGUUUCUGUAUAUGUUUUGUACACACCUAUUAUUCCAGGGAUAAUAUUAAACUAAAUUUCC